GUCCCGCCUCCCGGACCUCCGGCUUCCGGCAACUUGGCUGGACCAGAACCGGAGCAGAACUUCUAAGGCUGGAUCCUUCCCGAGACCGGCUGGACGCCGAGCCCCGCGAGAAUUUGGUGAUGCAGCCACCUCUCUAGCAGCAAACCCAGAUGCCACCACGAUAAGCAUUGAGGAUUCUCAUGAACCCCCAAAACAACCAGGACCCCCAAGAGGCUCAGGGAGAGAAGAGGAUGAUGAGUUACUGGGAAAUGAUGACUCUGACAAAACUGAGUUACUUGCUGGACAGAAGAAGAGCUCCCCCUUCUGGACAUUUGAAUACUAUCAAACAUUCUUUGAUGUGGACACGUACCAGGUCUUUGACAGAAUUAAAGGGUCACUUUUGCCUAUACCUGGAAAAAACUUUGUGAGAUUAUAUAUCCGCAGCAAUCCAGAUCUCUAUGGCCCUUUCUGGAUAUGCGCCACGCUGGUCUUUGCCAUAGCAAUUAGUGGGAAUCUUUCCAACUUCUUAAUUCAUCUGGGGCAGAAGACAUACCAUUAUGUGCCCGAAUUCCGGAAAGUGUCCAUAGCCGCAACCAUCAUCUACGCCUAUGCCUGGCUGGUUCCUCUCGCACUCUGGGGUUUCCUCAUGUGGAGAAACAGCAAAGUUAUGAACAUCGUGUCCUAUUCGUUUCUGGAGAUUGUGUGCGUCUAUGGAUAUUCACUCUUCAUUUACAUCCCCACGGCGAUCCUGUGGAUUAUCCCACAGAAAGCUGUCCGUUGGAUCCUCGUCACGAUCGCCCUGGGCAUCUCAGGAUCUGUUCUGGCAAUGACAUUCUGGCCGGCGGUCCGUGAGGAUAGCCGGCGCAUCGCGUUGGCCACGGUGGUGACAAUCGUCUUGCUUCACAUGCUCCUCUCUGUGGGCUGCCUGGCGUACUUUUUUGAUGCACCAGAGAUGGACCAUCUCCCAGCACCUACAGCUACUCCAAACCAAACAGCUGUGGCAGCUAAGUCCAGCUAGUGAGGAAAUUCUCCGUUACAUUAUUUAGAGUACAGCUCUUUUGGACAUGGCAUCCUCUGCAGGAAAGCGGAAUGACCAGAGCCAGCAGGAAAGGUGAUGGAGGGGCACAAACCCCCAUGUCUGAUGAUACCUCAUUGGAGCCUGCUCACCUAUUUGACAAACAAAAAUUAAAUGUUGCUCAGAACGUGUGUCUUUCAGCUCUUCUUUUUCGCCUUUGGAUCAUCACUGUGACUGUACUGAUUUGGAGUGAAAUGCUAGGGAGUGGUUAGGCCCAGUGGCCUCCCGUUGCCUCCCACGCUCACAUGACAUGCCCCACUGUAGGUACUUUUAAUACCUUAUAUCCGAAAUAGACCCGAAUAGAUCCUAACUUCUCAUGUCCUUUCUCUGAAUUCUACACAGAUUCCCUGAGGUGAUCCGCCUCUCUCCAAAUGCUGGCCAUCCUAAAGUAGCCCAACAAUAGAAACGUUGGUUGGGAUUAAUUGGGAGCUUGAAAAAUUGUCUUUGCUGACCUGGUACUGGAGCUGAGCCUAAUGGUUACAAAAUAAAUACCUCACAUGACAUCUGUGUGUCUGCA